CCCCCAAGACUUCGGUCACACUUGCUUAGUUACAUAUUUCUUUUUGUAUUUAUCAAAUUUAUUAAAUAAUAUAAGUAAAUUAGCGAGAUUUAUUACUGAACAAUGCGCCUGACACUGAUCAACAUGUUCAAGAAGACCGUGCCGGGUCACAUAUUUCGCGGAAAGCGGCGACUGGUGAAGCCGGUCAGCCAGCGGGCGAUGGACACCCUAACCCGCGAGUACGAGCGCCAGGAGCAGGUGAUGCUGCUCCUCCGGCACCCCUAUUUGACACUGGAAGAGUCAUCUGGACACGCCAAAGAGCUGCAGAAGCGCGAGAAGCUGGUGGCCAAGUGGACGGACGAGCAGACGCUGCGCAAGAUGAAGCCGCACGUGACGAUUGAGGAGCGGCUGAACCAGCUGAAGAUCAAGGAGGCCUGGGACUAGCGGCACUCCUGUUAAAGCUUCGUUACUUGUAAAAUAAAUGUAGAUUUUAUGGAAAUUA